AUGGCUAUCACGGCUGAGCAUAUCGCCAUUGCAGAACUCGUUAUAUACAUACCCGUCACUCUACUUUCAAUAUUCGUUGUUUUUCGUCAUGGAUUCCACAAGCAGCUAGGAUGGAUUUAUCUCUGCAUAUUUGGUGGAAUCCGCAUUGCCGGUGCCAUCAUGGAAAUCCUAAGCAACAAACAUCCCGAUAACGCAAACGACAAAGAAUGGGCAUUGAUUCUACAAUCCGUCGGCCUUUCGCCUCUUCUCCUUUCAACAUUGGGACUUCUGAAAAGGCUCUUCGACGAGACCACUCUCCAUAUCCCAUCCGAUCCCGACUCCAACAAAAACCUCAUACUCAAAGGACUGAGUCUCUUUCCGGUAGUCGGUAAACUGGUAUCCAUAUUCUCCAAAAGAGCGACCGCCAUCUCCCGCCGCAGCAAAAUCGUUCAAAUCCUCCACCUUCCCGCAUUGAUCGCCCUGAUCUUGGCAAUUAGCGGCGGAACCGACCAGGCCUCAUCCAACCCAUCCGACCAAUCAUCAGGGAAGUCUGAAUCCCGUGCAGCGAUCAUCUUAUACCUCUUGGUCUACGUCGCAACCUGCAUCCUGUGUGUCAUCACUGUACGUGAUCUGCGGGAUAUGGUGCCAAGUCAACAACGGAUAUACAUUUGCAUCUUCUUUGCCUUGCCAUUCAUUGCCUGUCGGCUUCUCUACAGCUUGAUCAGUAACUUUGGUCAUGAUCCCAAGUUUUCAUUGGUCAAUGGAGAUCCAAGGGUCCAACUUGGUAUGGCGACAAUUGAGGAGUUUAUUGUUGUUUUGAUGUAUACCAUUCUGGGACUGGUUACUCCCCGGUCAUUCAUUGAUCCUGCUGUCGGUGGUGGUAUUGUUCCGCCAGAAAUGUUUGACUUGACAGUCACUCCACCUGCCGGUAAUGGUUAUGAUAAUGUUCCUUAUGCUGAGGCUGGAGCUCAACAUGCAUAUGCACGACGAGAUCAGCCCAGAUAA